AUGCUGCCCGAUGCGCAUCUGCAAGACUCUCCUACUUACCACACCCAACGGCCAUCUUCACGCCUCAACACCCUGAUCGACCAGGAGACCGAUGGUCGGGAUCACACAUUGCGGCACAGAAGCCCCGACUCUGCUGUUUCUCGCUCCGUAGUGCACUCUCGCGAAUCCUCGAUAGACAAAAUCUCUUCAGGCGGCGGCCUGGCAGGUAUCCCUGAAUCGCCUCGAAACGUAACAUCUGCUGCUUCACCGGGUCUACGUGGUGGUAUACCCCGAGGUGGACUUGGCGGAAUCAUCGAGCGUGUGGUUGACCCGAAAUCGGCGACAUAUGGACAUCACCGGCAGACCUCGAUCGUCCACGGCAUCCAGCACUCGAGAAAUGGAAGCGCCAGUUCGACGUCCAGCCCGCUGAGCCCGCAGAUGAUUGCUGCGGCAGGGGUUGGUUUCCUUCCCGAGCGUCCAGACACUCGAACAUUGCACAGGCUGGACUCGGAAGUGUCUCUAGCCUCGAUGGCUUCGAGAGCACCGACUGCGCUUUCCGGGGCUACAGCCACCAGCGCUAUAGGGCAAGCCACGGAUAGGAACAUGUCCAUAUCAGACGUCCCCAGCGAUGCGACUGUGCGCAAGUCUGAGCGCAACCAGAGCAGGACUCGGCGUGAUCACAGACAGCAACAAUCUCAAUCGGCAAGACCACCACAAGCCAGGGAGGAAAGCCUGCCAUCUGUUGGCAGCUAUGCACUCACCGUGUUGUUCACAGCGUUUACCGCGAGCGCCGAGGAGAAGAUCAGUCAAUGUAACACUGUCCCCUUUGACCCUGAGCCGAACAUCGAGGCGAUAUGCGGGCAAGGUGCCGAUCCGGCCUUCGACCAGUUCAUUGUCGCGCUGGCGCAGCUGGCCAAGCACAGGCCGAAGCCGCUCAUAGACAUGAUUAUGCUGUGGCGGAGAAAGCGGAGCGAAGAGGCGAACGAAGCCCGUACCGAGCUGCAGGCAAUCAAGGCCGCACAAAAUCCAGCAAAUGCUUUAGUGCGACGCAACACAGAGCCUCUACAGAUGAUGGCCGGUGCCGGUGCGACCGCUGAACCAGUCAAAUCGCCAAUGCCAGAAUCCCUCGCAGCUAAGCAGCUCUACACAGCUCAGCUUGAGCGGCGAUCUAAUGUCGCCAUUUUCAUACUCUGCCGCGUCUUGUUGGAGAUCAUCAGCCAGAGCACGUACGAAAGCAUUGGAAAAGAGAUGGAGAACAAGCUGGAGGACAUAAUCUUCGGCCAAUUGACGAUGGCGGACUCAGAGCAGCUGCAUCUAUCGCCGUUGAAGAUGGCCAACUGGAACAUUUUUACACAAUUGCUUGGCGCUAUGAGCGACAUCAACUUUGUCAUUGUUACCCAGAAAUUCAUGUCUAGCCUUGAGCGUCUGCAACAAGAGGCCGCGUCGCGGAGCCCUGCCAUUCUCAACCGAUCAGUGGAUGGGAAAAUGGAGUUGAUUCUGGGCGGCAUGAAGCAUGUACGCAUCAAAAUCGACAAGGAGUCUGAUUGGGAGAAGUCUUGCAACUUCCUUGUCGCUCUUGGGCGGCUCUUUGCCAACUCCCAUGGUCAGCGGGUCAAAUGGGCGUUUUGCCACGCUCUUGAGAACUUCCUCCUCCCAGUUGCGGCAAAUGCAACCGCUGCGCACCUGACUUCGCCUCGUUGGGGUGAGGUAAUCAGUAACAUUAGUCCACGCCUCGCGCAGAUGUUCGUGAAACCUCGCCAUUGGCACACAGCGUUCCCCCUCACGGCGACCAUGCUUUGUGUCUCGCCACCAGAAACCUUCAGUUCGCAAUGGCUGCAAUUGGUGCGACCCUUGCAGACAAAACUCAAAGAUCGUAGCACGCGGGCUGUAGCCUUGCAGGUGGUAUCGAGGCUGCUUUGGAACUACCUCUACCGGUGCAACGAACCAAUAACGGCGGUGGCCCGUAAGGUCGACGAAGUCAUGCAACUCAUCUUACCCCCUUCGCGGCGUACGUUUGCACCUGUGGACAUUGCGCCGGCAAGCCCAGUAGUUCAGAUGAUACGCUUCAUCGGCUACAAGUUCCCCGAAUACUGCUGCAAGAGCAUCAUCUUCCCCCUCAUCAAUGCCGAGCUUUUCAUAUCCAACAAAGAGCUCAAGGUAGACCAGCUCGACCCGGACAGGGUUGUCAUCGGCAUCAGGGCUUUUCUUGCCAUGUUAGCUGACCUGGAGAAGCGCGAGCAUGGGCGGCCUCCGUUCCCACAGAGUUACCCUAUCUUUGCAUCAGAGCGUCAGGGUCCAGCCUCCCCAAUGCCCACCUCCUUGCGAGGUGUCUCGCGUCCAGUCCCGCUGCUGGCUGAACAGGAUGCGAGCUUGUCCAAACCUGUCAUAACUUCCAACCUCGCCGAGGGGGCUCUCGAGUGUUACAAACAAUUCUCGGAGAUUUUGGGGAAAAUCACGAUUAUAUGCGAUAACGCAUUUGGUGGGCAAGCUGCGCUCGACGAGAAGUUCAGCACUUCUGCGGGGCCUAAGACGCCCAUUUCUGAUACUUUCAAUUUCACCAGGAGAGAUGAUCAAAACCCUGUAGACCAGAAGCAGUCUUUCUACGACCUCCUCCACGUUGCCGUCCAGGCUCUACCGCGCUGUCUAUCGGCCGAGAUCCCUUUCACGCCGCUGAUCAACCUCCUCUGUACGGGUACAGCCCACGUGCAGCGAAACAUUGCCGAUUCUUCGGCACGAUCGCUCAAGUCUAUUGCACAUCAAUCGUAUGCACAGCCUGUGACGACUGGCUUUGCUCGCUUCAUAUUCAACUUUGACGACAGGUACUCAACCAUGUCUGAUGGUGGUAUGCUUGGACCAAGCCACAUUGAGAGCACUCUGCGACUCUAUGUUGAGUUACUUCAGAUCUGGCGCGAUGAGAUCCGGCAGAAGACCAAGGAGGCCGCCUUGAACUCGAGCGAUCCCAAUGGCACCGACAAGCGCGGGAUGCAGCUGGAUCUCUCGAAUAUCUGGGCUGAAGUCGAACAUGUCGAGGCACGUGGACUGUUCUUCUUGUGCUCCCAGUCUCGGCGCGUUCGGCAUUUUGCCAUCACAGUCCUCCGCCUGAUCACCGAGUUUGAUGAAGCACUUGGGAAGAGCGGGUCAGAAGAGGCAGGGGAUGACCGUCUGAUCAACAUUCUCGAAAAUAAAUCGAAAGAGGUCAUGAGUGUCAAAGACGACCAUCUGUCUCUAGCAGAGCGCAGCCGGCUACAAAAGGGCAUGCAGAACGGCAACAACCAGGGAGCUCUCAUUGAGCUCUGUACGAGCGAUGUCUCGUAUGACACCACGCUUUGGUUCAAGCUAUUCCCAAACUUUAUCCGCAUCGCCUACGAUCGGUAUCCAUUCACCGUCACCAUUAGCCGUGACCUGGUCUGCGAACGCGUGCUUCAAAUGUUCCAACCGAUCAUGGAGCUCGCGAAGCCACGUCGCGGCCCUUACUCUGGUGCAGAGCCUAGCAGUGGUCGGUUCCCCGCCAGGUCGCCCGGAGCACACACCGAUGUCGUUGUAGAGCAGUGGAAGCUGUACCUGACAUUUGCAUGCACGACAUUGGGUGAUACGGGCACUUCCAGUGAAAGACCGUCCCAAGACAGCCAACACGCCCGCAAAGCGUCAAAAAUCGCCGACAAGAUUGUCUCCGCGCGAACUCUCUUCAAGUUUCUGACCCCACUGCUCAUGGCGCCAUCCGCGCCAGUGCGUGAAGCUGUAGUUCUCGCGAUGGGCUCUAUCAACAUCAAUACCUAUCGCGCCCUGCUUGAAGACCUGCAAGCUCAAGGGAUAAGAUGCAACGACGACGCCAAAGCUCGACUACACCAGAGGGCCAACAGCGGUCCCCGACUAAUGGACAACCGGGUUGAUCUGCUCCGUACCGAGCUGACUCACGUUUACAAGUUGACGGCCCACUUCCUCAAGGAUCCUGUUGCGUUCAACGAUGACUGGAUCAUGAACUACCUAUGCUCGUACACCAAGGACCUCAAAAUCUUCCUGAUGGACGGCGAAGUGCAAAUGAACUGGGAAUACCAAACACUGCGGCGACAUUAUUGUGGGCUCAUGGAGGAGCUCUUUGAAGGCAUUAAUCGUACUAACGACCCGUCGCGGUGGAUGACAUUUGAAUCCAGGAAGUCAUCUUUCACACUCAUGGAAGAUUGGUGUGGAUUCUCGCCUAACCAACAGGCGAUCAAAGAGCGCGAAGACACCAUCAGACAGUCUGUCAUCAACCAACAGGCACUGGGCGAGCAGCAGACCAUCUCAGCCUCUAUGGAGAUCGAGAAGAGUCGCCUCAGAACGGCGGCCCUCAACGCCAUGGCUGCCUUGUGUGCAGGGCCGAUCAGCGUAACGACAGAAAGCGGCGUCGUCCUUGGCUUUGACAGCCGAAGAAUGAUCCAGUGGAUUGAGAGCACGUUCGAUUCUGGAAGCGAUAGGACAAACGCGAGUGGCCGACGAGCUCUCAAGAACAUGCUCGUUCACAACAAGGAGUGGCCUUACCUUCUCGAUCACUGCAUAUCUAAGUGCUACACUGCUCAAGCCAUGAAGGUCCAGGAGAACUAUUUUGCCGUGGUUACGGACGUCCUUCUUGAGCAUCCGGAUUACCCGUCGCCGGCCUGGAGACUCCUCGGCCUUUGCCUCUUCACGCUGGGUAACGACCAGAGUGAGGUGCGUUCAAAGUCUGCACGGGUGCUGCGUGCCCUAGAGGAGAGGAAACAGGCUGUGCGUGGCACGAAGCUGCGCGAUUUCGAUGUCAGCAUCUCAGAUAAGACGAAAGCGGUGUACAAGCUUGCGCAGUUCGAGAUCUCGAUGCGCCUUGCAAAGCAGAACCCGGACAUGGCGUUCCACAUCUUCUCCGAGUUCUCCUUCCAUUUCAAGAAGCUAGAUCAAGGCGCGCAGAGGAACGCGAUUGCGGCCAUUCUUCCGUGGAUCCAGACGAUUGAGCUCCAGGUCGAUCCAAAUGGCGGCCCUACCGCACAAUCAUAUGUGCUCCUCGCAAACCUUCUUGAGUUGACCAUCAAGUCCAGCGCUGCUCUCCACAAUGAGGUGCAGGCUCUAUGGCAAGCCGUGGCGACUGGUCCGAGCCCAGGCAACGUGCGCCUCAUUCUCGACUUCAUCAUUUCGCUCUGUCUCGAACGUAGAGAGCAGAACUUUGUCGAGUACGCGAAGCAGAUUGUUGUCUUCUUGGCGAGCACCUCCAGCGUGUCUGGUAGCAAGGUCGUCGAGUUCCUGCUCAUGCAGAUCAGCCCCAAGGCUAUGGUGCCGAAUGAGAAGCGCGAGACAAACCUUCCGCCCCCAGACAUCAUCCAGCUACCGUACUGCGCUGAUCUCUCGGAGGUUCUGCCCAUUGGGCCAAAGCAAGCUGGGCUGUCCUUGGGCCAGCUCUCACUUAUUCUCCUUGUCGAUCUCAUGGUGGCGCCGAUUCAGUUGACCGCUGACAACCUUCCGCUUUUGCUCCAUGUCAUUACCGUGCUGUGGGAUCACUAUACCCCUCUUGUGCAGGAGCAGGCGAGGGAAAUGCUGGUGCAUUUGGUGCACGAGCUGGUCAUCUCCAAGCUGGACGACGAUAACAACACGGCAUCCCCAGAGACGAAAGCGUCUGUUGAGCGCCUGAUCGAGUCUGUCCGCCAACAUGAGCAAUCGGUGGUAUGGGGAUACGAUGACAAUAACGGCAGGGUAGACGACCGUGAGCACAAGGUUCCUCCCGGCAUGGAGAAAUUGACCUCGGAGGUGGUACAGACGUUCGAGAUCAGUUUCCCCGGUGUCAAGGAGCAGUGGAGCCGCCUAGCGUUGACCUGGGCGACGUCGUGUCCUGUGAGACAUGUGGCGUGUCGGUCGUUCCAGAUCUUCCGUUGCAUAUUGACAAACUCAGUCGACCAACUCAUGCUCGGCGACAUGCUUGCCCGGCUGUCAAACACCAUCUCAGACGAGGACACGGAGAUCCAGGCGUUCUCUAUGGAGAUCCUGACUACCCUUGAAGCUCUGACCAUCAAGCUUGAGGCAGAACAGCUGCUCACAUUUCCACAGCUGUUCUGGACUACAUGUGCCUGCCUCGACUCGAUCAACGAGGCCGAGUUCCUGAAAGCUGUGGACAUGCUCAACGUGUAUCUCGAAAAGCUCGACUUCCACUCCCCUAUGGUGCGGGCUACACUACUCGACGGGCGCCCUCCGAGCUGGAGAGACGACUUUGGAGGACUUCAGCCGCUGCUCUACAAGGGCCUGAGAUCAUCUAUCUGCCUGCAAGCAACGCUGAAAGCGCUGGACAGCCUGGUCCAGCUGCCAAGCGAUCCGCUCAUAGGUGAUGACAACCGCUUGUUCUUCACCGUCAUCGCCAACUUUCCACGGUUCAUGCAAGCCGUAGAAGACGGCUCUCUGCCUGAUGAUGUUCUUGGCACAGCUCAGAUUCUGCAUGCUGUCGCCGAGGCUCAGGGCCUAGGCCCGCUCUAUGCUCUUCUCGACGUUCUGGCGCAUUCUCGAAUCGGGUCGGGCGAUGACUUCCGUGCCGAGCUAUUUGCUGCGCUCCGCGAGUUCUUCUUGCCACAGCUGGAUCUCGAGAUGAUCAUCAUGCUGAUGGGCUUCUUGACAAACAGCAAUGCCUCGGUCAAGAUACAGACGAUGCGUCUGCUCUGCACCAUCCUCCCGCAGAUUGAUGUGCGGCGGCCUGACAUUUCUGGGCUGGGCUCGGACCUCAUCUCACCCCUGCUUCGUCUCCUGCAGACCGAAUUCUGCAUGCAGGCUUUGGAGGUCAUGAACUGCAUGAUGACAAUGACCUCGACGCCAAUGGACGAUCUCCAUGUCCGAAUGAGUAUGACCCAUCCAUCCGCGAAGGCUACCAGGAAGGAGUACGACCGGACAAAGAGCUUGUUCGGCAUUCCCGAGGAGUCUGGCUGGGCUGUGCCAGUGCCGGCUGUCAAGACUGAGAACACGCGGCACAAUGUCCACCAGGCCUUCUACAUCUGCCAAGCGGAUGCCGGCGAAGGAUUGGCAACGGAACCAACGCCAACUCCCGAGGUUGAGUUCCACACGGACGAGUACAACUUUGGAUAUUUCGACAUGUCGAGUCGUAGCGAGACAAUGAUGUCAGAUGACCUGCGUGGUGCCGACCACGUGGCCGACCUUGUGACGAAACUCGACAGUCUGGACGACUUCUUUGACGACAUGUCACAGACGUCCCCCAGCGACGGGCGGUCUUCGCGCACCGUAACCGAGUUCACUGGAGACGGUUUUGAGAAUGGCCCUCAACUGUACGACGAGCAGGUCUUGCCAAUUCUCCAACAAGCCUCGAGCAACACAUCGUUCCAGAAUGGCUUCGUCGACCGACCAGUACUCCCACGCAGUGACACUGCCAACACCAUGACUCCUGGCGCGUUCAACGCCGGGCUUGCCAUGCGUAAUGCAGCUGUGAACCGCCCGCUCAUGCACUCACGCUCGGUCACUAGCCCGUCAGCACCUGCAUCGUACCAGAACCAAGUCGGCGACCUCACCUCGGAUGAGGAGUACACCGAGGACGUGUUCUCCGACGGCGAUGAAGACCUGCGCAUGGCCCAUGACGGCGGGCUCCCGAGCGCGAGCAGCGCAGGCUUUGCUGUCAGCGGCACUGGUGGCUUCAGCCCGGUUCUGCCCGCCAGCGCGGGUGCCGCCAGCGACGGCGGCUCCUUCUCGUUCGAGACUAUGAUCAAAAACACCAAGCAGUCCACGCGGACACACAUGCGCCGCCUGACGGGCGGCAAGACGCGCGAGGCCGAGCGCCAGCGGGACCUGUUCCGUACCAACAAUUCCACUGGUGGGAGCAUCUCCGGGGUGGCGAUGGGGUCGCCGCAGGUGCCCAAGGUGCCGGACUCGUACCUCCAGCUCUCGGCCGCUGUCGCCGCCAAGCCUGCGACGCCAUCCUCAGCGCCGGGGGAUAUGCUCUGA